GGUCCGAAGCCGAGUCGCCGAAGGCCGAACGGCACGGGCCCACCGUUCCCAGUUCACAUCGAACCAUCUAGAACUGUCGCCGUCUCCCCGCUGGACUCCGGAGUCGACGGCGACCUCGUAGGCGGCGGCGGCGGCAGCGGAAGCGGAAGCGAUGGAUUGGAGCUCUGUGACGGCGGAGGACCUGGUGGACGCGCUGCGGGAGGUGGACUGGUCGACGCCGCCGCGCCCUGUCUCUGAGUUCUUCUCCCGCUUCACCGCCCCCCGAUCCUACUCCAAGUGGACCAGCCGCCUCAAAUGCAACCUCUACUACUACCGGACGAACUACUUCAUCUUGGUUAUGUUCAUUCUUGGAAUGGGCUUUCUUAGGAAGCCAGUUGCAAUCCUUGCAGCUUUAGCAACUGGCCUCAGCAUUGCAUUUCUCAAUGACAGUUUUGCGGUUACUUUCAAUGAGAAAGUCACAAGGAGUGUCAGACAAUUUUCACCACACUUAGCUGCAAAGAUGAGGCCACCCACAACGCCUGUCAUCCGAGGCCGACCAAGUAAAAGAAGAUCAAUUCAUAUCUGUGGUCGACCUCGGUGGGUCCUUGUCCUGUUGUUUUCCGCAGUUAGCUGCAUGCUCUGGUUGACUUCAUGCAGCCUCCUCACGGUUUUGUGGGCCCUACUUAUUGGUCUGCUUGCAACCUUGCUUCAUGCCAGCUUCAGAACGCCUAAUCUGAAAGCACGUUUGAACACAUUCAGGGAGGAAUUUCGAGCAGUAUGGCGGAAUUACAGUGAGCUGUGAUUGUCUUCUUUGUUUGUUCCAUGUGAGUGCCUUCCUGAAUAUUAGCUUGGAGACCGCUGCAUGUUUUAGAAUGCUGCAACGUGUUAUGUGAGCGCAUCAUAGCAGAUAUGCCUGUUGUCUAUUGGUGGGCACCCUGCGAUGGUUGACUGUUGUAGGUGAUGUGGGAGCACCCUGCAUUAGCCUGUGUCCUAAUCUUGGGCUUUUUUUUCCCUUCGGUGCAGACUUUUCAUAAAAGGAUAGUGCAAGUGUCAAAACUGUCAGUGCUGCUCUCUGGGCCUUUUUCUUUUCUUUUUUUUUGAAAUGUACUCUCUGGGCCUUUUUCUUGCGGGAGAAUUCGCCAGGAUACCUCCUCCUUGCUUCUCGUCGGACUGCAACUCUGUAGAUAUCAUUGGAUGGAGUCAUGGAGAUAUAUCUCAGUGUCCAGUUUCCACCGUAGUUUUAGCUUAUCUCGUUUCGAAAGUUUGGGAGAAAGUAUGUGUAAAGGUUGUGUAAAGCUAUUCUGGAGCGAACAAGGAAAGAUACUGAACAAGGAUGUGAAAAAUGCGCCUCGAGCAUCUUCUUUAUGGUGACUUUGUUAUUGGUA